AUGGAAUUCCAGAGGGCUUUUAACCCCCCCCUCCGAUCUCCCCCCCCGGAUCGUUGCAAAACCAGCCAAGGCGAAGUGGGCUGUUGGGAAAGGCAUUCAGGAGGGUCACCCUGGGGAAGAGCCCGGCAGGGGGAAGGGGCGGCGGGGGAGAAGGGCAGGAGGUGGAAGAGGAGGAGGAGGAGGAGGAGGAAGCGGAGGCGAUCGGCUCGCCGGACGCCCGCCCCGGCCAGCCAGCCCCGCACCGUCCGCGGGCUAGCAGCAGGAUCCGUCGGCACACCGGCGAGGAACCAACGCGGAGGAGAGAGCCCGGAGUUGUCCGCCUUCGCCGCCUUCGCCGCCGCCGCCGCUGCUGGUAAGGCUGCCGGAGCUGCGGCCGCCUCCGUCGCCGCCGCCACCGCCGCCGCCGCUGCUCGCCGCCGGGCCCCGGCCGGGGGUGCCGCCGCUGGAUCGCGCCCGUCGCCGCGAGGCUGGGAGUGGAGGAAGGCCGGCGCCGGCGCGGCCGAGGCGCGGCUGCCGCUCAGGGCGCGCGGGUGUCCGGGGGCCAGGUCCGAGGCAGCGCGGCGCAGUCAGCCAUUCAGGAGAGGCGCUUCGGGAGGCUCCGGCGGCGACGUGGAGGACGCGAGAGCCGAGUUGGGGAGACACUUUGGGGUGCUCCUGCCGCCGCCGCCGCCGCUGGUGCCGCCGCCGCCGCCGCCGCCGCUCCUUGCAGUCCUGCCGCCGCCGCCGCCGCCGCCGCUUCUUCGCUCGGUUCUCUCCUUCUCUCGCUUUCCUCUCUUAAUUUCGGUGGGAAAGAUACAAAGGCACAGCCCAAGCCGCUUCGCGCUCGCCCAGCAUACGGAGGAUCCCCAGCCAAGUGCCAAAGCAAAAAGCGAACAUGGAGAGAAGCGAAUGUCACACACACGAAGGGGAGGGAAAAAGCCAAAGGAGAGAGAGAGAGAUCCAAAGAAUUACAGUACUUGGAUUGGAUUCCAUUGUUUAAUGACUGCACCUAGAUGGCUAAGGAGAUUCCAUAAGGAAUAUUUACACACUUACAACAGAAUCCUAUGCAUGUCUACUCAAAACCCGGCAGUAUGCAUUCAGAGGAAUUUUGCCUCUUCCCCUGAAGGUUUCGUCAUCAUGACUUACACCAGGGGUGGACUGAAGAUACAACCAGAGCUACUAGAAUAUCUCUGCAGUGGAUCCACAGAUAUUUCUUACCUUUCUCCCACCUUUAAAUGAUGUGGCUAAGGCUGUAGUCCCACAAGGGAGAAAGCCCCACUGAUCUCAGCUAGACUUAUGUCUGAGUAGACUGCUUUGCCAAUUUCCUGUUCAUACUGGCUACCUGCAGGGAACCCAAGAAAAUGGCUAGCAGGAAGUCACGUCCAUCCUCUUCUCUGUUUCUCUGGAUCCAAUAUGCAAUAUUAAUACAGGUAAAACUAUUCAUUAGGCAUCUGACUGUGAUUCACUGAAUAAAUGACAAACUCUUCUGACAAUGUUAAUUUGUGUAAUUCACACUUUUAAAAAAAUAAACUACUCAAUAACACUAUUCCCUCCAUCAACUACAACUGAAUAAACAGAAUAGUCUGUGUAAGUUAUGGUUACUUUAGUAAUAUGAAGCAAAACUCAGUGUUUGCUGUAUCGGGCAUAUACAUGGUUCAGAUGAUUAUGGUGUGCUGGUGCAUGUGAAGAUGAAAAAAGACUUCCAUAACCUUAUUUGUUUCUCCAUAAAGACCCAUGUGAAACAUGCUAUGUACAGUGAGAAACUAUGUACCAAGGAGUCAUUGUCCGGUCUCUUUGCAAAUAGGAAUUAAAAAACCCCAAUUACUGAACAGUGCAUGUUAGUUUGGCAGUAAAUGCUACUGUGCCCAGUGGAGCUUAGAUCCAUGUAAGUGUGUGUAGGACUGUAGAUUUCAAAUGCUGGCACAAAGCAUUUCCACAGGGCAAUAAUAAUGUCAGAUUAAAUUUUUGGCUUCUUGAUGUAGUCAUAUGAUAAUCUGAGCUUGUCCACUCUAUGGAACAAGUUAUAUAGUGUGUGUGUGUGUGCAUGUAUUAAAAAGCAAGCCAAAAUCAAAAUGCUGCAUAUUUAUUUAUUUAUUUGCAUUUAUAUACCACCCUAGUAGCCCAGAGGGCUCUCUGGGUGGUUUACAAAGAAACAAAGCAUAUGACUAUAUUUUGUAGGAAUUAAAAAAAGAAGAUGCUAGCAUCUUUAGUGGGUAUAAAGAAGCAUGACAGAAAUGGUUUGCUAAUUUACUUUCAUGACUGUCAGGUACAAAUAUGUUCCUUCCGUCUUUAAUCACAAUGAUAAAAUUCCCCAUUUGCUUCAAACAGGGUAAUACUGGAAUCUUAUGAUAAUAUUUUAUCUUUUUUAUGUCCCUCAAGUUCAAUUUUGGAAAGAUGUAACAUGAACUCAGUUUCUCCCUGCUGCAGCCCCCCUCCCCACUGUCCACAUAGCUCAUGUGCCAAUCUUUUUAGAAGUAAAAUGAAAGCAACUGGUAUCUCAACAACCAUUUCAGUGCUUGAAGAGUAUGACCUUAACUAGAUUAGUUAUGAUAAAAUGCAUUAGUACAGAAGUGAAACUUUAGAUGAGCUAAUGUUAGGAUAGAAUACCUUCUUAAUCUAUAUAAAAAUAUACAACUAAUAUACCUCAAAUUGUUUCCUUAGUCUCUGGGCUUCCAAAUCUGGAGAAUUCUCCAAGGAUAUAUCACAAUUAUGGGAGUCUUUUUUGCUUUAAUAACUAAUAUAACGUGCUUUGAAGUAAUGUGGUCUCACACUGUAAUCUACCAUCAAACACCUAAACUAACAGAAAAAGUAGAACCAUCACAAUGGAGAUUGUAGAGACGGAAGUGUGUAAUCAGAUAAAUGAAAAGAAAGUUUUGAAAAGGAUUGCAGAGGAGUAACAGGAGAUAUUACUGGUGUGUUUCUUACUUCAUUGUUGUUUUUCUUUCAGUAAAAGUUCUAUCAGCUGGGGAGAGUUGUUCUCUUCUUUGAAGCUAGCUCUUGUUUCUCUGAAGUCAGAUUCCUUAUUCCCAGGGCUCCACUCUGCAAUGCCAGCACAAACAUACAUCAGCAGCUGCACAGCACUUUCAAGAGUUAGCAAGAAGCUAUCAAGCAAUUACUUUUUCCACUUUAGAUCCAUGCCUGUGAUUUUGCGUUCCAAGUCUGAAGAUUGGGGUAUGAGAAAAUCAAAGACAAUGAGUGAAGUCAACAAUUGCAGAAAGCAUACUUGUGUAGACUAGGAAAUGGCUUAUACCUGCAAUUAACUGGAAAGUUAAUAUUGUAUAAAUGAGCAGCAUAACAUCAACAAAACAUUUUAGAUUAGAUGUUCUUUGAAUUUUUGGGCACUAACAGAAAAUGUUAGUGUACUAUCAGUCAGGCUGAUAGAAAAUCCUAGCCUAGCAUAUCCUACUUGGUGUAUUCUGCACUUGAUCUUUUGCUUAGAAACAUUGUGUUUGAACCAGGCUUAAUCAUGCUUUGAGUCGAUUAACUUGUUCCAUUAAUUUCAGUGAGUCUGCCUUAGCAUGACUAAAUCUGGAUCUAACCUAUUGUUACCAGUCAGAUGAUGAAGUGCAGGAUAUACAAUGUGUACAGCAGAGUUUAUGAGGCCGUCAGUUUAGAAAAGCUGCAGGUAUGUUGAGCUGUAAGUCUGCAUAUAUGCUUGCCACAACAUGCAUGAUGUAACAUUGAAGUAGCACAUGCAUACACAUUUGUAUGCGCAUGUAUUUGUAUCCCAUAAUCAUUCUACCUCAAAAAAGAAAGAGAUAAUUUAAUUUUCAUUAAAUUGAUCUCUAAAAUCUAACUUAUUUUCUCUACUGGUGGGUUGUUAACCGGGGCUGAUAGGUGUUUGGAUCCUCUGGAUCCAUUGCUUCUGCCUUCCUUAUCAAUUGUGCCACUGUCAAGAGUCCCUGUUCUUCCCUUACUGAGCUUGAAGUCUGAACCACAGGAGAGGGAGCUACUCUGGGUGUGUGUGUGUGUUUGAGGUGGCUAGGAUAGACUUGGGGUGGAUGGAUGAGGGAAAUCAAUCAGAGCUUCUCCUCUGAGGUUGAUGCUGUCUUGGAGUUGGAGUUUUGCUGUGAUGACUCCUUGGAAACAGAAUUUCUGUCCAUAAAGCAAUGUGAUAUAGUAAUACAAGCUGAAUAUUUGCAAAGAAAACAUGAGCUCAAGCAGAAUGAACAUUACUAGCCACUGAGUUUUUAAAGGAGCAGUUUUGUAGGCAUGUUUAGACAGAAAAAAGUCCUACAACUCGGCAUUGCUGGCUUGGGAGUGCUGGGAGUUGUAGGAGUUUUUUUCUGUCUAAACGUGCAUUGGAUUUCACCCUAUGUGAGCCUUGUGAUAUGAAGACUUGUGUCAGCUGUCAUUUCUUGGCUGCUUCACAAUUUGGUUUUAAAAAGUAAGUAGGGAAAAGUGACUUCAGGAGGCUCCAUAAAAAGUUUUAUAGAUCACAGAUGUUAGUUAUGGUUACUGUAUGUGGAACAUUUGUUGGUAAUAGAAAACAUACCAAAAAUGGCAGCGUCUCACAGAUGAUAAAGAAGAUGUCAGCCAUCUGGUCACUGAAGUACUGUUGAUGCCUUUACUAUUGUCACUGAUGAGCAGAGCCUGUGACCUAAGAGUAAUGGAUGCCGUAAACACCACUGGGUGGCCAAAAUGCAGAGGGAUUCCUGCCUAUACUGGAAACUAUUUCAAGAACUGUUGAUUCAAGAUAAUCGCUGGAACCCACAACUUCUGAAAUAAUUUUGGGCAUCCCUGGUUCUGAGAACAUAAGCUGAUUGUCACCUUUCUUUUAGUACCUUAAAUGACUUCUCUUUCUUAAGAAGGUUUCCAUACUGAUUGUUCCAUAGGAAUCCAUUAUUGUUCUUCUAAAAUGGGUGGAUUUUAUUCUGUUAGUCUGACUUAGAAUAGGCUUGGAAUUUCCAUUGAAAUGAAUGGAGAUAAGUCAUACUAGCAUUGGAUACAACCCCAAGAGCUGUAUCUCCUCAAGCAUGUGAAUAUUUACAUAGUAUCAGCUCAAAGCAUCUUACUGCCUUGAGCCCAGUGCCAAAUGGCACCCCCUUUUCCAUCCCCCCCGCCUCCCCCAGUGCUAGGUCUAUCCCUUUAAAAAGUAUUGAGAUGCUAAUUUCUGUCCUCCUGCACCCCGUGCACUCCCAUGGUUCAGGCUGCAUCACCACCAGCUUGGCAGGCCCAGUUCUGGCAAUAUAUAUGUCUUCAAAACAAUAAGAACUGUGUUUAUAACUCUGCAUUGACUGAAAAUCCUUGAGUAGUUUGAAGAAAUGUAUGGUAAAGGCAAUGGCCAUGCUGUCUGGGGAUGAAGGGAGUCGUCGUCUAACACAGCUUAGAGACAUCAGGUUGUGGAAGGCCGAUUUGAAGGAACUCUUCAUCCACUGUGCCUUUCCAAACCUACUUUCCCACAGAGUGCCAGUAGGUGAGAAAAAACAUCUUUUCUUGUAGAAAGGCAGUAUUUUAAGCACUGUUGAGUUGACUAAAACGCUGGGAAGAUCAGUGCUCACAUACAGACUGAAUCAAAAUGUUAUGUCUGAGCCUCAGUUUUUGACACUGGUGUUCCCUUCAUACUUACUACACAUUCCUAUGAACCAAGGCAUAGCCAGUCUCCACACUCUUGUGCCAUUUUACUUCACUGAACACUGUAACACACCUCUUUAGAAUUGCACAGAGCUCCACCUAAUCAUGGAAGAGACCUUUUCAUCUCAAUGAAUUCUACAUAUUCCACUGAAUAUUUUUACUUAGAAAGAAAGAGAAAAGUGUAUAAUGAAUUUUUAAAAGUCCACUUGUUCAUUUAUUGUCAUAUAUCAAGGUCAGGCUGCUACAUUUCAGAAAAAAUGGCAAGACACAGUUCACUGUAUUUUUUUCCCACGGAGAGAUUUAUUCUCUGAAAAUUGCCCCCAUUUAUUGUAUCUUCUUUUCUUCACACAUAGAGAUAGAAAAGCAUAUGUGCAGUAUGAUAUAUCUGUAUCUCUUUCUAUACAGCCAUUAGGCUGAAAAACAUAUUUGAAGGUAUGUGAAAAUCCUCUAUGAAUGGUACCUAUUUCUGUCUAUCGUAUGCUUCUCAGUAAAAUUACAUUGUAUUUCAAAACUGUGUUAUAUAUUAUUCAGACACCAAAACUCAAAUUGUGAAGCAUUCGCAUCCAUUUGGGAGCAAUUAUUUACACCAAUAUUCUCCCCAUCUCACCAGCUUCAGCAGAGUGAGAUGACAGUUCAGAGCCUUGUCCUUCAUUAAAGGCUAUCUUACGCAGCCAGUCGAUUAUCUCUUUGUAUGAUGAUGUCACUCAGAAGCCUUAUGCCAUCGAUAACUGCAGCUUGCACAUUGUGAAUGUCCCAAAGAGUGAGCUGAUACACACUUGCUUAGGAUCUAAAUUCUGAGCAGAACACCUUCUCCAAGACCAACUGGCCCAUGAUUGGAGAUAAGCCAUGGAGGAUUCGCGCAUAAUCCCACCAAGGCGCAUGACUAAGAGUACAACAAUUCGAGAUCAUGUGGUAACAACCCAACUCUGGAAUUCCCUCCCUGGGGAAGUGUGGUUGACUCCCGCAUUGUUGGGUUUCAGAUGACAAUUAGAGCCAAAGUAGCACAGUGGUUAAGAGCUCAGGUCCGCGACUCAUGUGGUGUGGGUUCUCGUUCCUGCUCAGCCAUGGAGCUGACUGGGUGAUCUUGGGUCAGUCACAGACUCUCAGCCCAACCUACCUCAUGGGGUGUUGUUGUGGGGAUAAGAUUGAAAGCAGCAGGAGGAGAAUGAUGUAAACUGCUUUGAAUUCUCGAAAAGGUGGGAUAUAAAUCUAAUAAAUAAUAAUUAAAAGCAUAACUGUCCACCUGAUUUUUUGGAAUGUAAUAUGUCACUGGGACCUUAUGAUUUCAGAUUGUACAUUGUCUUAUUCUGCUGUUCCCAUUAUGUGGUUGGAGGUUCUCUUUCUUUAUAUCUUGAUGUAGUUUUAGAUACUGCCCUGGGAUCCCUUGGGAGAGAUGACAGAAAAAAAUGAUGAUAAUAUUUUUUAUUGGACAUCACCUGGAGUCAGUCUCAGCAUGUAGUUGCUUACAGCUGAGUGUGCAAACUACUUCCACACACAGGUAUUGUGUUGGAAGCAAUUAGGUUCUAACUAUGGUGAUGGAUCUGUGAAGCCUGUGCAUGAAAGUAAUUUGUUGUCAUCUAUUUAAAUACAUACCCCUUCCAUAUUCCAAAGGCUUGGGAGGGGUAAAACAGUGCUUGAGUUAUGGGGGAAAGGCAGCAGGCUCUGCAUUCAUUCAUUCAUUCACUUAUUAAACUUAUAUCCCCCAACUUAUAUUCCCUUAAAACUUAUUAUUAAACUUAUAUUCCCCAAUUUAUAUUCCCCAGUAGGACUCUCAAGGUGGAUUACAGAACAACAAAAUAAAAACAUAUAGUAAAACAAAGUAACAUUGAAACAGUAAUCUACAGAAUCUAACAAUAAACCAACAAUAUACACAAUUCACAACAAUGACAUACAGCUGAGAGUUAGACAUUAACGUGAGAAGUUAAAGCAAUAUAGGUUAAAAUUCUAAGACACCAUAAAAUUUAAUUCCAUUGAUUUGCACAAAAUACAAUCAUUUCUUAAAAUGCCUCGAAGAUAAUGUUGGUUUUGCCUGGUGUUGAAAAGGUUGUCAUGGUGGUGCCAGGUGAACUGCUCUUGGGAGGCUGUUCCAUAGGUGGGGCACAACUACUGAGAAGGCCCCUCUUCUAUUCACCAUCCUUGUUACCUCCUUGCUUUCUACAUGAAAUCCACAAGCUCCGUGUCUGCCUCCUUCCAAUUUAAACAAAGCAUAACCAUCCCCCAGACCUGCUCAUGCAAUAGGUAAAAGUGUGGAGGGGGCAAAGACAUGGCCCCGUGCCCCUAGUAGCUCAGCCUUCCCACAUUGAUAGGGAAGACUUGAAGGUGGCUACUACUUGUGUUCAUGGACUACAGAGAAGCCUGCUUGCAGGAUGACUUGCAGUGGGAUAGAAAGUGGCACGCAAGGCUCUUUCCGUCCAUACCUUGCUUCAGAGAUGACAGCAGGGAUUCCUCCAGGGGAAUUCAUCUCAGGGCUAGGUUUGGAAGACAAGAGUCCCUUGCCCUCAGGGAAACUCAGGGGGCUCCCUGGGCCUGGUUGAUGGGCCUUGAUAGGCAGGAUUAGGGCUGUGGUUGCUGCAUCCUUGAUAUACAUCAUUGCUUGAGGUUUGAAUGUGCUUCCUUCAUCAAAACCUCCUCACAGUUUAGCAUUUAUUGCAUCCAAGAGUUUGGGUCUUUGGACACUGCUUAAUCUUGGUACCCCUGCAUUGCCAGCUGGGGGAGGAUUUGCUUUUUGAACUUUGGACAACUCAUCUAUAGAAUCCCAAAUAGUACAGCAAGGCCUUGGAGCAUAACUUG